AUGUGCACGUGCACACACGCAUGUCUGACAGAGAGGACAGAUUCUCUGAAUACUCCAGCUCCCCCGCGCCGUCCUCUGACUGACAGUGGGAGAGUCACGGUACCCAUGGUCGUCUGCAUUAUCCUGGGGACUCUGCUCUGCCUGGUCUUAAUCAUCCUGGGGGCGCAGGUGCGAAGUGCCAGGGCACAGCGCAGAGGUUCCAGAAGACCCUUGGAUCCCUUCUCUGAGGCCGUGUAUGAGGAGAUUGAUUAUAACCUGAUGAGAGAGAAUCAGGAGAUGUUCAGUUGCUCAGUCUCCUAUUCAGAUGACUCAGUGACGAAGCUGCAGUAUUACACCGGGGACAGCGAGGGGGAAAACGAUCCUGGAUCAGAACAAGAGGGACCUUCCCCGGCGGGGUCUCAGAUGGAUUAUGAUAACGUGGAGGAGCCUGCCUUGAACGACGUCCCCCAGACUCCAGAUGGCCGAGAUGCCCCUGCCCUUCCUGGACAUGUCCCAGGGGAUGGUUAUGAUGACACCAGAGAAGUGUCUGACACUGAAGGUGACCCUCGUUUGGGGCAGAAUAAUGAGAAAGGCACUGGGGCGAAUGACAGGGAUUUACAGACAGGUUGGAGUCUGCACUCGCUAAGGAGUGAAGUUGUCUCUGGGAUGGAGAAGGAAACCCCGUCCCUGCCUCCUGAAGACACAGGUUAUGAUGAUGUGGGACAUGAAAUGAUGGCCUAG